CAGACUGUCAAUGUGCAGGCGCGCGUGCAGACGUCGCGCGCGACCGGCAACAAGAUGUGCUUCCUGGUGCUCCGCGAGGCCACUGCGACUGUGCAGGCCCUGGUGCUGGCCAACAAGGAUACCAUCAGCAAGCAGAUGGUGAAGUUCUCGACCAGCCUGUCGAACGAGUCGAUCAUCAAGGUUGUCGCCGAGGUCGUCAAGCCGCAGGAGCCCGUGAAGAGCUGCACCGUCGGUGAUGUCGAGCUGCACAUCUCCAAGCUGUUUGUGAUCAGCGAGGCCCUCGCGCAGCUGCCGUUCUCGCUCGAAGACGCCAGCCGGCCGGAGGCUGACUACGAGAAGGACCCGUCGCUGGUCAAGGUGCUGCUCGACACGCGCCUGAACAACCGCGUGGUGGAUCUGCGCACCAUCACCAACAACGCCAUCUUCAAGAUCCAGGCCGCCGUGGGCAACCUGUUCCGCGAGUUCCUGUCGAACCAGGACUUCACCGAGAUCCACACCCCCAAGAUCAUCAGCACGGCCAGCGAGGGCGGCGCCAACGUCUUCAAGGUCUCGUACUUUAAGCGCUUCGCCUACCUGGCCCAGUCGCCGCAGCUGUUCAAGCAGAUGUGCAUUGCUGCUGAUUUCGGCAAGGUCUACGAGGUCGCGCCAGUGUUCCGCGCCGAGGACUCCAACACCCACCGCCACCUGACCGAGUACAUCGGUCUUGAUGUGGAGUGCGCGUUCCGCGAGCACUACCACGAGGUCAUGUACAUGCUGGGCGACAUGUUUGUCUACAUCUUCAAGAACCUGGAGGAGCGCUACGCCCACGAGCUGGCGAUUGUGCGCCGCCAGUACGCCUCGGAGCCGAUCCAGUUCAGCGACAAGCCGCUGCGUCUCGAGUACAAGGACGCCGUGGCGCUGCUGCGCAAGAACGGCGUCGAGAUGGGCGACUUUGAGGACCUGUCGACGCCCAACGAGAAGCUGCUGGGCAAGCUGGUCAAGCAGGAGUACGGUACCGACUUCUACAUGCUGGACAAGUUCCCGCUGGCGGUCCGUCCCUUCUACACGAUGCCGGACCCCGAGAACGAGAACUACUCGAACUCGUACGACUUCUUCCUGCGCGGCGAGGAGAUCAUGUCGGGAGCCCAGCGUAUCCACGACGCCAAGUACCAGGAGGAGCGUGCCAAGGCCCACGGCAUCGAGCCCGACACCCUCAAGGACUACAUUGAUGCCUUCAGGCUCGGUUGCCCGCCCCAUGCUGGUGGCGGUAUCGGCCUGGAGCGUGUCGUCAUGUUCUACCUGGGCCUGGGUAACAUCCGUCGCUCGUCGCUGUUCCCCCGCGACCCGAAGCGCCUGGACCCGUAAAUAGAUCUGGUUUUUUUAUUCUUACGAGAUGCUCUCGAAAUUACAAUUUAUUCCCGGUACUUUACUCUGUUGA